AUCAAAAAACGAGGAAGACGGACAGACAUAAGUAGAGCAUCUGAAUCAGGAAAUCUACUUGCAUAAUAAACGCAUCUUUCAGCACAACAGACCAAGCCAUUUGAUUUAACACGUCUAUAUUCCGUCCACUUAGAUAUUUGUAUUUAAAGUAGAGGGGAGAAAGUUUUACUCAGGAUUUUGUACUAUGCCACGCAAGAAGCAGACCGAUGUGUCUGGGAACGGUGGAUUGAAGAGAAAAAGAGGAGGUGGAAAGAAAAAGGAAAGGGAGUUUAGCAGUGAUGAUGAGUUUGAUGACUUUGAACAAGAAAACACAAAAAAACCUGGCAAACCAGCAGCUAAAGCGGGUCUGCAGCCGGUCACUGUGGCUGAUGAUGUGAAGGAGAAGAUUAAACUUGAGGUUCCCAAAGUCAAAGGUCAGCUGCUUGUUUUUGGAGCCACCAACUGGGACCUGAUUGGCAGGAAAGAAGUGCCAAAACAGCAAGCUGCUUAUAGGAACCUUGGGCAGAAUCUGUGGGGUCCCCAUCGCUAUGGGUGUCUCAAUGAUGUCGAGGUUAGCUGUGUGGUGUCUGGCCCUUGUGCUGCCCACAGUCUCAUCAUAACCACAGAGGGCAAACUCUGGAGCUGGGGUCGUAAUGAUAAAGGGCAGUUGGGUCAUGGAGACACUAAACGAUUGGAGGCUCCAAAACUAGUUGAGGGCCUGGGGGAGGAAGUGAUAGUAGCUGCUGCUUGUGGUAGAAACCACACCAUGGCUUUAACAGAAAAUGGUACUGUCUACACCUUUGGAGAAAACAAACUGGGUCAGCUAGGUCAGGGCAAUCAGACAGAUGCUGUGCUCAGCCCUGCUACAAUCCAGUACAACGGGCAGCCGAUAGUCAAAGUGGCCUGUGGCGCGGAGUUCAGUAUGAUUGUGGACUGCAAGGGGAACCUUUAUUCUUUCGGUUGUCCUGAAUACGGCCAACUUGGGCAUAACUCAGAUGGAAAGUUCAUUGCUCGUGCCCAGCGCAUUGAGUUUGACUGCGAGCUCAUCCCUAGACGGGUGGCCAUUUUCAUUGAGAAGACCAAGGAUGGCCAAGUGCUUCCUGUGCCCAACGUCGUGGCUCGGGAUGUAGCAUGUGGUGGCAAUCACACGCUGGUGUUGGAUUCCCAAAAGCGUGUUUUCUCGUGGGGAUUUGGGGGAUAUGGACGACUAGGCCAUGCCGAACAGAAAGACGAAAUGGUCCCGCGAUUAGUCAAGCUCUUUGACUUCCCAGGCCGUGGAGCAAGUCAAAUAUACUGUGGCUACCAGUGUUCCUUUGCUUUGAAUGAAGCGGGAGGUCUAUUUUUCUGGGGAGUGACAAAUACGUCCCGUGAGUCCACCAUGUACCCCAAAGCUGUGCAGGACCUGUGCGGAUGGAAGAUUCGCAGUCUGGCCUGUGGGAAGAGCAGUAUUAUCAUUGCAGCUGAUGAUAGCACCAUUAGCUGGGGACCAUCGCCCACAUUUGGAGAGCUGGGCUAUGGUGACAACAAACCCAAGUCCUCCACCACUGCUCAAGAGGUCAAAACUCUGGAUGGAGUGUAUUCAGAACAGGUGGUGAUGGGCUAUGCGCACACCCUGGUUAUUGCCCGACAAGACACAGAGCAGGAGAAGGAAAAGCUCAAGAAGCUGCCCGAAUACAACCCGCGAACACUCUGAUUGGACCCCAUUCUUGUUUUCUCCGGGGGGCCUUUUUUUAAAUGGAAUGCCUCUGUUCACUAGGUCACCUGGGUAAUCACAAUUUGGUUGGGAUGGGAUUGUUUAUUUUUCUUCUUCUUUUUUUUGGGACAUCAAAUUACAUUUUUGAAAGACAAUCCACGUGUCGGAUUAAAGUAUCGAAUAAGUUGCAUUAACUGAUAUGUGUAGGCUCGGGUGUUUCAGAAUGGUAAUUGUGGCGUCACACGCCAGUUUUAAUUUCACGAUAAAACCAGCAACCGCUCCGAGCACUCGGGAUUCCACUGGAUCCAUCCCCUUUACUUAAACAUUCCUAAUGGAAGUUUAUCACAGAUUGUUUUGUUGUUUAUUUUUCCGUAACAAUUACUGUGAGAUCCAUGUCUGCUCUCUUCCAAAAACUGGUGCUAAAUCAUUCUAAUGCAGACUAUCAAUGGACUAAUGUUAUCUUAAAGACAAACUCACUCCAUUCUUGUGCCUUUUUAAGUGAGAUGAUUCAGGCUGAGGAAGUUCAGUUAGUCCUAUGACAUCUCAAGUGUUAUGGGGCACUUCACCUUUUAAACAUCACUUGCAUUACUUCCAGCUCCAUGGUUUCAUCA